CCUCCUUCGUCGUCGCCCAGCCCUCGGUCUUUGGUCUUUGGCAAAUUCCCACUACCCUGCCCGCACUGCCCGAAUCCUUCCCUGCACUGCAGCCUACCCUUUCCCCUGCCCGCCCUGCCCCGACACCCCCACCCCUCUUCACCCUCUCUCUUGCUAGUUCCUUCCCUGCUUCUCCCUUCCGCCCGCCCCGCCCCGAUGCUCACCUCCGGAGGCCGCGCGGGCGGCUUCCAUUGCCGCGCUGAGAAGCAUUGGGGACGCUGCUGCUGAGUUGGUCGGUGCGCGGGGUGGUGGCGGCGGGUGGGUUGGAUAGGAGAUGGGGAAGGAGGGGACGCGGCGGGGGCAGGAUGUGAUGCGGCGGAAGGGGAAGGAGGCGGCAAUGGACGAGGACGAUGCGGCGCCUCCCACUGGUUGCUGGAUCCGGCUACCGCGACUGGGCGGCGGAUGCAUGUCCUCGGGCUCCAAGGUCGACUCCUCCACCAGCGGCGCCUGCGCCAACGGCGGCGAGAGCAAAAAGGUAAAUCGUAGUUGUUGGGAUCAAUCAGCUCCACCAGCCGCAUCUGGUUCGACAACAUCCAGCAACACUGGAAGCAUCUCGCCUUCUUCCAUAGUUGGAGAAGAACUUAAACUAGCAGCCCAACUGCGUAGAUUUACGUUCAAUGAACUUAAGUGCGCCACCAGAAACUUUCGACCUGAGAGUCUUCUUGGUGAGGGAGGUUUUGGUUGUGUCUUUAAAGGUUGGAUUGAAGAGAAUGGAACUGCUCCGAUGAAACCUGGCACAGGAUUAACUGUUGCUGUCAAGACACUCAACCAUGAUGGGCUUCAGGGGCAUAAGGAGUGGGUGGCAGAAGUUGAUUUCCUUGGAAACCUUCAACAUCCACACCUAGUGAAAUUGGUUGGUUACUGCAUUGAAGAUGACCAACGGUUGCUAGCAUACGAAUUUAUGCCCCGCGGAAGUUUGGAGAAUCAUCUUUUCAGGAGGUCAUUUCCGCUCCCAUGGGCUAUCAGAAUGAAAAUUGCACUUGGUGCUGCAAAAGGCCUUGCAUUUCUUCACGAAGAAGCUGAAAGGCCAGUGAUAUAUCGGGAUUUCAAAACUUCAAAUAUUCUUUUGGAUGCGGAAUACAAUGCAAAACUCUCUGAUUUUGGACUUGCGAAAGAUGGCCCUGAGGGUGAUAAGACACAUGUCUCUACUCGGGUCAUGGGAACAUAUGGAUAUGCAGCUCCUGAGUAUGUUAUGACAGGUCACCUGACAUCAAAGAGCGAUGUAUACAGUUUUGGAGUGGUGCUACUAGAGAUGAUGUCGGGCAGAAGGUCAAUGGACAAGAACAGGCCAAACGGGGAGCACAAUCUGGUUGAAUGGGCACGCCCUUAUCUUGGAGAAAGAAGGCGAUUCUAUAGGCUCGUAGAUCCCCGUCUAGAGGGAAAUUUCUCCAUAAAAGGCGCUCAGAAGACGGCUCAGCUGGCACAUGCUUGCCUUAGCCGGGAUCCCAAGGCUAGGCCUCUCAUGAGCCAAGUGGUGGAAGUUCUCAAGCCUCUUCCAAACCUGAAAGACAUGGCUAGCUCCUCCUACUUCUUCCAGUCCAUGCGCCAAGAGCGUGCCGCAAGCCUUGGCAACCCAAAUGGUAGCCAAAGCAUGAAGGCACAGAGCACCUUUGCACGGAACGGAGUGCAGCCAAUGAGGAGCCUCUCGUAUGGUCCGCACGCUUCUCCGUACCGCCAGUCUCCAAGGCCCAACGGCAAACAGCCCUAAGACUCACCUGUUCAUCAUGAGUGGUUCAAGGUUGGGUUCUCGUCCAGCACUGAUGGGGAAUGGCGCGUGCAUUGGCUGUGGCCCCCGUUGCCGUGGAUAGACAGAUGCCCUCAAGGAUGAUUAGAAUUCCGCAGUGAAGAUUUCUUCUCGUUGCUUAGCUUUUUAGCUGCUUCUGUAUCUAUUACUCUGGGAACAUUGACUUGGGAGGGGGGAAUCAGACAGGGUUUUGUUUGCCAUUUGAACAAAUGCUCAGAUGGAUGCUUAGAAACUCCCCUGAUUGGAGAAUCAACCAUCGGCACAGGAAGAAGAGCCUAGUGCAUGUAUGGCUCUCUCGUCUCUUAUUCAGAGCAGAUUUUUACUUGUUAAAGAAAAAUGAAAGACAAACGUCGUCUUCGCCAUCAUAUCAUGCUUCCAUGAUGAGCGAUGGCAGCGGCCUAGUAUUUAAGUUGCA